AACGGCAUCGCAGCGGCCGAUUGCUGCAAGUGCUUGAUCGAGCUUGAGCUUCGCUCAUUAAUCGCCGUUUCCUCGCCAAUCGUUCGAAGCAAACCAGUGCAUUCGCUCUUUCUCGGUUCUCUUCUCACGUAUCGCGGUUUCCUUCGUUCGUCGAAGUCGCUCGCCGCUCAUCCCCCGCAGCCGGAGGCUUGCGGAGGAGGAGAAAGAGACACUGAAACCUUGAGAGUUUUGACGUCCUCGCACGGCGCUUUCUUUCCAUGUGGCCUGCCGUCUCUUCGCUUCUUCAUCGAUGAAGGAAAUGAUGAUUCAACAAAUGAGUCAAUGCUUCUGCUUCCAAAGAGAACAUUCCAGCCAAGCCAUGUUAAGCGCAAGAGGACUCAUGGUUACCUUCAAUGGAAGUCUACCAAGGGUGGGCGUAAGGUCAUCGCUCGCAGGUUGGCAAAGGGCAGAGCAAGGAUUGCGGUCGAGGAUGUUGCUGUAACUAGUCAGAUGGAUGCGGGUGGUACAGGAUCAUGCCAUGGCGACUCCAUAUCUCCAUGAUCCGAGAUGUUGAGAUCAGAUGCUCAGUAUUACUGCAAAGUUUUAGUGUUAAAAAUAGGAAAUUUCUUGCUGCAACUAUUAUUUGUAAACUUGUCAUUGGGUGUUCUUCAUCUAUUUUCCAAUAUUUCUUUUGGUUCAAUUUACAUUGACAUGGAGAAUUUCAAAUGGAUGUUGUUAUGAAUAAUUUUGUUUUACACAAAGAUAGCUUUAUGAAGAGAAAUGGAUGAAGAGGCAUGCCUUGUAGUGUUUAUUAACCAUCUCUCCUCAUCUUGAAGUGUAUACAGGUUCAAAUAUUUGACCCAGGUAAUUCUCCUGGUGGGGAUUAUGACGUGCAUCCAAGGGAUUCUCCAUUGUGUUGAUGCGGGUGCUCCAAAUCAGAGUCCGACAGUACUAUCUCCUCUGAGGUUUGGCCAACUUCUACAGAUCUCACCAAUGUGCAUCAUGCUUCUUGGAUUGAGGGAGACAAAGAAGCAAAGGUGUCAUUGUACCAAGUAGGACUAUGUCCUGUAGCUCAAUAGCAGGCCCCCAAAUAAGGUUUGCUGACUCUCUCCUCUGAAAGCUGCACUUUGUUGGAUGUACUGCAUUAUUUGAGUUGUGCGCCUCACAAGCCAGGACAUGGAUCCUUGCCAUCGAACAGAUAAGAAAUCUGCGGCCUGCAAAAGCCAUCAAGAUGCUAAUGGCUACCUGCCUUUGAUGCAUAUUGGCAUUCUGCUGCAGAAUAAGGCAAGUAAGGUGGAUCCAACAAAGCUGGGAGUUCAAAACAUCAUACAUCAGUAUAAUACACAGUGAAAUUCCUAGUAUUGUCUUCACUGGCUGUUCAUGGAUCACAAGCAGCUCACCCUGUGGUCUGGAUGGAGACAAGCUCUUCUUCAACAAUUUCCAUCUCCCACCUGCACACGCAGAGAGGAUAAGAGAGGAUCAGUGACACAACACACGCCAAGGUAAAAUGAUUGAUAGCAGGGCUGGGCUGUGCUGUGCCAAAGAAACUUUUCCCUGCCCACUUGCCUGCUAAAUGGCAAAUCUGUGUCUGCGCCUAAUACAAUGCAGAAACAAAGAAAGAAACAAAAGCUUGAAAUGCCUCUUCUGCCUUCAGAUCUACCUCCAUCCUCCGCAUUCCUAUGGCUCUCUGAAACUUGCAGCAGUACAUGACAAUGAAUUAUAGGGUGGCAUCUUGGAAUCUAAUAUGUUGUACUUCACCCUUAUAUCUGCCGUUCAUUCUCACUGUUUUUGUUUCCAUAUGAAGGUUUAACCCAUUGUUAUGUUGUUAUCUGUUCCUUUUCUUAUCAUCUCUUCCCCAG